UAUGGAAAACAAAAUGGACCGCUAUAUUCAGUGAAAGAGAAUGUGAAAUCCGAAGUCAUGAAUGAUACGUGCCAAUCGAUAUUUGGAAUAUUUGAAUGCAAUCGUGUUAAUAAUUACCAGUUGGAUUCUGAUGAGUCAGCAAUUGCUAAUCGAUUGUUAGCGGGCAGCUUAUUUGACGCAAACGAAAUGUUAGCCUUCCAGAGUUCAAAAUCUUUAGAAAGACUGGUGAUUAUGGAAAGCUGUAUUAACGAACAAGUUCUUGAGUUUUACUUCGCUGAACAUUGCUAA